AAAUAAUACUAAUGAUUGAAGAUGGUAAUGUUGAAUGAGACUAUAUUAUCAAGAUCAUACUGAUUGGAGAUAGCUCAGUAGGGAAGACUUGACUUAUAAAUAAGUUUAAUGAUCCGAAUGAUAACUCUAAUUUGGAAGUAAAUACUACUAUUGGGUAUGAGUACUGAAAUAAGUACUUUGCACAAGAUGACAGAAUAGUUCAGAUUCAUCUAUGGGACACAGCUGGACAAGAGAGGCAUAGAAGUAUGAUAGGUACAUACUAUCGAAAAACAGCUGGGGCUGUUUUGGUAUAUGAUAUCACAGACAGAACCUCUUUUGAGAACUGCUCCGCCUGGAUAAAGGAGUUGCAAGAAAACAUUCCACUCAAACCCUCUGAGAAUUUAGUGAAUAAGAGUGAGUCCAGGUAUGAAGAGAACUGCAAACUCAUCAUUGUGGGGAAUAAACUUGACCUUGAAGAGCAGAGAUGAGUCUCUGUUGAAGAAGGAGAACGACUGGCAGAGAUGAACGACGCAGCCUUUUUUGAAACAAGUGCUAAAACUGGACUAAAUGUCCAAGGAGUUUUUGAAACACUAAUCACUAAGAUCGUUGAAUGAUUGAAACAAAUGGAAAAAGAGAAGACCAAAGACGAUGGGGCUACUUUGAACUACAACUCUAGCAUCGCUACUUCUAUUAAAUUACAUUCGGAGAGUAGUUCUAAGAAGAAAAGGGCCUGUAAGGAUUGAGUAAUUUUCUAACCAAGAAAUUCUGGUUACCAAGAUCAUUUCUAAUUAUGAAAUAGAAGCUAUUCUGAAACAUUAAUGCAAUUUCA